CAGGUAUACAAAGUCAGCGCAAGGAACUACAGCAAGUGCAUGAUCUUCGUAUGUGAGAGAAAAUACAGAGCAGUGAAGUGAAGAAAAAUACAUUUACUGUGUAGUUAAUGUUUUUGCAAUGCAGCUCCAGUUCUAUUCUAGGCUGUAAAAUUUAUUUGAACUGCGUGAGAGGGAGAGACAGAGAGAAAGAGAGAGAUUGAGCUUUGGUCUAGGUAACAACCGUGUCCUUUGUCUCCUUGGCAACAUACAAUAGAAAGUGUACAGAGCUCUGACCUGCCCACUUUUACCUGCUGCUAUAUCAGCAAAUAAACUCUUUAGCUCUUCCAAGUUUGUAGGAAGUGGAGAGUCAGCCGUGACAUGGAGGCUGACUCACUGCCAGGGAAGUGAACUAAGUUACUGUUUUCAGUCAUACCAACAAAACAAGUACAGCAUCUAGUGCCAUGGAUACCAUCUUUGCUACUCUGCCUUGUUACCUUCUGGCCAUUUCUUUUGCUGUGGCACAAAAAGAAAAAGGGAAUUUGAUUAUCGCACCGGCAACAGCAACCCCUGGCUUAAACGUGACAAACACAACUACAUUUCUAACAUCUUCUAACUCCACUGUACAUGCAACUGUUAUCUCAAAUGUGACUGAUGACACAACUCCAUUUACCAUCACAACCUGGGACAAUGAAACAUUCAACGAAACCACAAGUCACCCCCAGACUCCUCAGUCAACAACCAUCUUGACUCCCCUAACAAAUAGUCCCUCACUGACAACUGCCACACCUGGCACUCACGCUCCAACAUUUACUGUGCUGACAGUGCCAGCAAUCCAGACCUCAGCAGGUAACAUUGGUACCGCUGAUACUACAGUCAUUACAACUGAAAAUUCAUCUCACACUCUCAAUACAACUUUAGAUUCAGUGAACAGAAUCCCACAAGGUUUUGGACUAAACAUUUCAGAAAAGAAUUUGACUAUUGUCUUCAGUGUUGCACUGGGAGUGUUCGCUGUGGCACUGGUUAUGUUCAUGUUUCAAAGAUGUAAACAGAAAAUCCAAUACUUGCAUCAGCCUCUUAACGACACUAAUUACACAGAUGGAUUUGCAGCAGAUGAUGAUACACUCAUAAUUUCUGGAGGACUUUAUGAUGGCCAUCAGCUCUACGAUAAUGUACCUACAGCCCCAGAAGACCAAUCCCAAUUUCACCUCGAGUUCCUUCAUUGAGGACAGACAGUUAACUGCAGUUUGAGAUGUCACCUUUGAUAUAAAACAGACAUGGACACAACCAAUUUUUCUUCACAACCAAGUUCUUCAUGAGAAGCUAAAGGCAGAGAGAAAGGGAAAAUGAUGAUGGGAAGAACAUUUAAACAAGAGCAAAACUGAUUGAUUUGAACAUUACUUUUACUGUCACUGUCACUGUCAAUACUAGGAUAGAUAUAUAUAUAUUAAGAUAGUAAUACAUAACAACUAUACCUUUUCCCACACCAACAAUAUAAACUUGUGCAAAAUAAAUGACAUUUCAUGUGAACAUCCAGAAAUUCUUUCAUGGAACAGAAUUUUUUGCAAAGUACUUAAAAACAUAGAGGGUGACUCCACUCAAAAUCGACCUCAGACACCUAAAUUCACCUGUCAUAAACAAUACAAUUUAGCUGAUCCAUAACAAUACUUUCUAUGCAUAUUAAGAAAUAAAAUUGCCUGUUAUUAUUAUUAAUGUCUAUUUGAGCCAUAACAGUACUAUCUAUGCAUGUUAAGAAAUUGGGAAUAUGAACAUUUAAAGCUGUGUAAUAUUGUUGUUAAUACUGUUCAUCUGACCUGUAAGAGCAAUACUUAAGCAAAGAU